UGCUUAACCACACUCAUUUGUUUAUUCUAAGAAACGAGAUCAUCGCAAAUCGCAUCACUAUGUGAGCUGUGAGAUCACGAUUCUUCAUACACAACGAACGAUUCUAUAAAAAAAUUGAACGUCUUUUGAGGCUGACUCGAUGUUAUGAGAAAAACAAUACACAAUACCUUGCAUAACGUUUUAAUUUUUUGUUCUGUUCGCCGAUUGAUUUUACAGCUACUUUCUGAAUAUACAACAGAAAUAAGAUUGAAGCGUAUAAAAUAGGAUGGACAGAGUGUUUUGUAUUAUUUCUAGUGUGACUUUCAAUUGAAGAUAGUGAUUCUGAGAUGUUUUUUGCGGUGAUAUCGGUUCUGGUUAUUUUUGGAAGUGUUAUAUCGGCAUUUCCCGGUGAAUACGUUCCCAAAUCAUACUAUCUGAUCGACAACGAGGGCCACCAAUCAGAAGCCGUACCUAUAAGGACGAAAAGGGACCUAAUGAGGCCGCUGUUGCGCUCGAGAAGAGGCGGGGGAAGUGGGGCCAAUUCUCAGGCAAGCGCCGGCGCCCACUCGUCUUCCGGAGGCAGCGGAGGGGGGCAGUACCCAUCCGGGGGUGGGGGGCAGUACCCAUAUGGGGGUGGGGAGCAGUACGGAUAUGGAGAUUACAAUCCGGCCAUAAUGUUCCCGGACUUCGCCGAAUUCGCGCAAAACUUUCCCGCUGCCUUCGGCCCCCCGAGCGGUGGGGGCGGUGGGAGCAGAGCGGGAGGCGCCCACUCCUUCGCCAGCUCCCAUUCCAGCAGCUCGUCGGGCGGGGGUGGUCACGGGGGGCGGUCUCCCGGCAGCGCGGGGGGGUUGGGGGGCGGUCACGAUGUCGGCUAUAAGGGACCUAUUCUCUUCAGUCGUAUCGGAGAAGACCAAGGGACCGGUGUGGACGUUUCUGGGUCAGCCCAAGGACCACGUGGUGCAUUCAGUUCCUCUUCUUCAGCCAUUGACAGCACCGGUAAAAUCAAAUACUCGGUACAGUCGGGAAAAUAUUAAUCAAAAUAUAGUCUCUGCCAAUACUGUAGAAUUUUAGUUUAUUUGCCAUAAUUUUUCUCAGAUACUGCUACAUGCCAUCUUAUAAUCUACAUUUACUAUAUACA